AUGGGUAUACUCGAACUGAGAGAGCUAGGUACAACUGCUCUGCUCAAAUACGUUACUGUACUCUGUAUCUCUUACUACGUUUUCUCCUCUAUCGUCGCAUGGUAUAAGCUUCGCCACUUUGCCGGUCCCUUCUUAUGCAAAUUCUCGCACAUAUGGUCCAUCUACCACCAGUACGCUAAAGACGUGGGCCCCGCGCACCUGAAACUGAGCAAAUACAACUAUCCCCUCGUCCGCACCGGUCCGCAUUAUCUGGUGACUACCGACCCGAAUAUCUUCAAACAUGUUAACGGGGCUAGAAGCACCUACCAACGGGAUCCGUUGUGGGCCGCUGGCCGCAUUGACUACUACCGGCCCAGUCUAGUGGAUACGCUAGAUGUGGCCUCACACGACAAAAAGAAGGCCAAGGUGGCGGGCGGCUACAGUGGAGCGAGGUCGACCUGGAGAGAAUCAUCGACGGGCAAAUCGCCAAUCUCGCUGACUCGGUUUUUCACCCUCGACGUUAUCACCCGACUGUCCUACGGUAAGGAGUUCGGCUGGGUGAAAGCUGACGAAGACUUAUAUGGAUACGGCUCGGAGAUCAGCAAGGCUGCCGUCAUGGGGGCCUUUGCCGAGAUCAAGUCUGCGGUCUCCAGCGGCAAAGUAUCAAUCCCAAUUACUUUGGUGCAAGCACAAUCCUUGCCCUAUCUCCAGUUCGGCUACCAGCAUCCAGAACUUCAUGGAAGACACAAUGCACUAACAUGCAUACCCACGCCACAUACAGGCUGUGAUCUGGGAAGGUUUCCGUAUGCGACCCGCCGUAACGUACGCCACUACAAAGUGGUACCUCCGGGAGGCGACACGAUCGCUGGCAUGUGGGUGCCCGGCGGCACCGCCAUCGGCCACUGCCACUACGGUAUGAUGCGCAACAAACAAAUCUUUGGCGAUGACGUCGAAGUGUUCCGCCCCGAGCGGUACCAGGACGAGCCGAACGGCGAGGAAAUGCAGCGGACCGUUGAGCUGGUCUUCGGUACUGGCCGUUGGAUGUGUGUCGGCAAGCAGGUUGCGCUGAUGGAGCUGAAUAAGAUCUUCUGGGAGGUGAGUCGACUGAUCAUUACCGCACCCGGCGAGGAAAUGAUAACCAUCUUUGGCUAA